GCGGGUGCGAUGGACUGGCAGGUGCUGACCAGGGAGCUCUCCCUCUACCUGGAGAGCCAGGUCCGCGUGGGGCUCUUCGGCUCCGGCGUGGGCUUGUCCCUGGUGCUGGGCUUCGGCGUCGCCUACGCCUGCUACUACCUCAGCAGCAUCGCCAAGAAACCCCAGCUGGUGGCCAGCAACGACCGUUUCUGCCGCUUUCUUGAGGAAUAUUGCCCUGUUGUGACAGAAACUUACUAUCCCACGAUUUGGUGCUGGGAAGGUCGGGUGCAGACACUCCUGCGUCCCUUUAUCACCUCUAGACCCCAAGUAAAGUACAGGAAUGAGCUCAUUAAAACAGCAGAUGGAGGACAGAUUUCGCUGGAUUGGUUUGAUAAUAAUGGCAGCUUAUAUUAUCCGGAUGCCAGCACAAGACCCACUGUCCUGUUAUUGCCUGGCCUGACAGGAACGAGCAAGGAAUCCUACAUUCUUCAUAUGAUCCAUCAAAGUGAAACGUUGGGAUAUAGAUGCGUGGUUUUCAACAACCGCGGAAUUGCUGGUGAGGAUCUUUUGACACCAAGGACUUACUGUGCAGCUAACACAGAGGACUUAGAGGCCGUUAUUCAUCAUGUACACAGCUUGCACCCCUCAGCUCCGUUCAUGGCAGCUGGUGUCUCUAUGGGAGGCAUGCUUCUUUUAAAUUACCUGGGCAAAACUGGCAGAGACACUCCUUUAAUGGCAGCUGCAAUUUUCUCUGCGGGUUGGAAUGUUUUUGAAUCUGUAGAAUCUCUGGAGAAGCCACUAAACUGGCUUCUUUUCAACUAUUACUUGACUACUUGUCUACAAUCCUCUAUCAGCAGGCAUCGACAAAUGCUGGAGAAAUUAUUUGAUAUGGAUCUUGUGAUGAAGGCUAGAACUGUUAGAGAAUUUGAUAAGCAGUUCACUUCAGUCAUGUUUGGCUACCGUACAAUUGAUGAUUACUAUGAAGAUGCUAGCCCAUGUCGCAAGCUGAAGUCAGUAGGAAUUCCAGUUUUAUGUCUAAACUCUGUGGAUGAUGUUUUCUCACCAGGUCAUGCCAUACCAGUAGAAACUGCCAAACAAAAUGCGAAUGUUGCUUUGGUUCUGACUUCGUGUGGAGGCCAUAUUGGUUUUCUGGAAGGAAUAUGGCCAAGGAAGUGCACUUACAUGGACAGAGUCUUCAAGCAGUUUGUGCAAGCUAUGUUUGAGCAUGGAAACAAAAUCUUUAGCAUGUAGCUUUGGACCACUAUUAUAGCACAGUGGCACAUUCUGACAAGGGCGGUUAAGCUUAAUGCACAAAUUUUAACUCCUGUAAGCCAGCAAAUGGAUAAAGUCCAUUACUACAUGCAAAAAUAUUUUUUGCCUAAGAUUUUGUAGCAAGAAACUAAAUAUUAUGUUGUCACUUUU